AAUUAAUGCAAGGAUUAUAGAAACAACCUUUUCAUCUUUUAUUGGGAUUUCAGUAGCCAAAACAUAAAAAUGUAAUUCCUAUCAUUGAUCUGGUUAUUAAAGAAUUACAAUAGUCAAAAACAGAGCACCUGACAAUAUAUGAUCAAUUUGGAAUUUUGGAAUAGAGAUAAUACAAAGUUGGAAACUUAAAUAUUAAAAGUGAGAAUUAAAAAAUGUUUGAUGACAAAUUGUAUGAUUUCUAUUAAUCCUAAAAAUAAUUGCAAGAUUACUUUUUUACUAAGUAAUUUCCUUAACAAUAUUACAUUCCUUAAGCAAUAAUUUUUUCUUAGAAAUGUGUAUUACUUGGAUUACCUUUUGAAUAUCUGAAAGGAGGAGAAAUUCAAUUUUGUGACAUUGACUAAUUUGACUCACAAAAACUAUAUGAGUAAAUAUUAUUUGUUAUGAGAAGGAUUUAUAGAAAAUAUGCAUAAAUAGAACAAAGAGAAGGAAAAUGAUUAUAUAUAGUUUAAACAG